AUGCCAAACGUGAUCAUCACCGGCGCCACCUCUGGCAUAGGCCUGGCAAUAACGCACUACUUUGCCUCGUCCUCCUCCUCCACUCCAACAAAGAUUGCAAUGCUAGAUAUCAACUCCUCGGUUGGCCCGUCACUCGUUACUUCCCUGUCGACGCAGUACCCAGACACAGAAUUCUUUUUCCACGCCUGCGAUGUCUCCAGCUGGGAGGCACAGGCAUCAGUGUUUUCGUCCCUUUACGACGGUGAGUUUGGGGGUAGGGUCGACGUCGUGGUUGCGAACGCAGGCGUUUCAGAACGGGGGUUUACCACGCUUGUUGUUGAGCAGGACGGUGACAAGUCGCACCCUCCGAAAAAGCCGGAUAUGAGUUGUUUGGAGGCCAACUUGUCGGGUGUGGUGUACUCGAUCAAACUCGCGAUCUAUUACAUGGACCAAAAACCAUCAGAAGAGGGAGAUCCGGGGUUGAUACUCUGCACAGCAAGCAACGCAGGCCUCUACCCCCUCCCCACCGCACCCCUCUACGCAGCGUCUAAAUUCGGGGUCGUCGGCCUGGUGCGAUCUGCCGCUGGGCUGGUAGAGAAAGAAAACAUUAAGAUUUGUGCGCUCGCGCCGGCGGUGUUAGGGAAACUAUACGACGGUAUGGUCAUCACACCGAUGGAAACGCUCAUCAAAGCGGUAGACAGGUUCGUCAAGGGUGGGAAGGAGGUCAAUGGGCAGGUGGUGGAGGUUCACGGGGGUGAUAUCACUGUCAGGGAGGCACACGCGUUUGUGGAUGCGGAUACGGAGAGGAAUUUUGUGAGGUUUAGGGGGUUGGGGUGGGCGUAG